AUGAACAAACCAGUAGACGUUUCGAUCCCGGACUUAAGGUUUGAACAAUCUUUCAUGCGGUCCUUACAAGUCUAUAGUGGGAAGAAGGAAGUGAAAGAAGAAGUUAAAGGACUUUCCGAUAUUGAAUUGGAACUUUUGGGUGAAGAGAUUGAUUUGAAAGAACAAUUGGAAGUUGAUGAUACUUUAAAUAUGGGCCCUAUUGGUCAAAUAACACCUUCAAUUGUAAUGUAUGCUAUUGUUAAAGAUCAAAUAUUGAUGCCUUUACUACAGGGGUUUCUUUGGACAGGACUUCUUAUAGUUGGACGUCCAUUCCUUAGACAAGUUGUUCUAUGGGGAUUACAAAGUGGAACUUAUGUUGCAAAUAUGGUUGGACUUAAUAGAUUACAUCAACGAACGUACGUUAUGUAA